CACCAACCGGUAUAUCCAUACAUCUGGUAAGGGGCAUAAUCACAAACACCUUUUGGGGAUCCAGCGUCUCUGAUUUCUCAGACCAUUUAAGCGAUUCAAAUUUGGCAAUUUCUCCUCCCACAGCAGCAGAUGCCGUAAAUUUGAUAUAGGACUUGUGACAUUUUGCUAUCGAUGAUCUCUGCACAAUCGAUCUGAAUUUCUUUUUCUGGGAUAUUAUUAUAGAUUAUAUUAUAUAGAUAGAUUUAUCGAGUGUUAUAGCAUAAUGGACAAGAAUUUCAGCGCCGAAGAUCUGUCUACUAUCGGAGGAAUCGCUACCGUUUCGCUUCUUCAUUCCUUCAUCCCAACGCAUUGGCUUCCCUUCUCCAUUGUUGGCCGCGCCCAGAAAUGGACUCUCUCCAGAACUCUCCUCGUCACGGCAUUUGGGGCAGUUUUGCAUGUAAUAUCCACUUCACUUCUUGGUAUAACAGCAAUAACCAUGGCAAACACAAUUGCUGGAGAAGAAACUGUGCACAAACUUGCUUCACUUUUGCUCGUAAUUCUCGGUGGUAGUUAUGUGUUACUGUUUUUCUCUGGAAAGGGUGGGCACAGUCAUUCUCACAACCAACCCAUGGAGAAAAUGGCUGUUGCAGGACUGGUUCUUGUACCUGCAUUAUCCCCUUGUGCAACUACACUUCCAGUUUUUCUUGCUGUUGGGAAUUCAUCCUCCAUGAUGGUGCUUGCUAUCAUAGUGCUGCUAUUUAGCACUAUUACUGUAAUGACCUCACUGGUGGCUCUAUCAUUCUAUGGUGCCAGCCAGCUCAAGUUUCACUGGGUGGAGCGGUAUGACAAACUUCUUGUGGGUUCUGUUUUAUGUUUGGUAGGAGUCUUGACACUAAUUUUCCAUGAUCAUGAUCAUGAUGGAGAUGGAGGUUUCUCUGGAGAACAUUUGCAUAGAAAAAUCAUUGUUCUUUAAGUGCUCUUAUUAUCUUACAGUGUAUUUUGAUAACUUGGAGUUUGUAGAAUACCUCUUCUGGUUCAACAAGGCAUUGGCUGUAAGUGACUGUUGAUUGUGCCCAAACGAGUAUUAAUAUUGUUUUGUUGAUCUUCA